UUUCCCCGGAAGUUGUCAUCUUUAACUUGCACCAUAACAAACAGAAGACUAGAAAACAUGGAGAAAAUGAAACCAUUUAAAGAGAGAAGGACGUUUGGGCAACGCCAGAAUGAUGUUGACUCUAUCAGGACACAACAUGAUGAUAAGAUACCGGUGAUCAUUGAGAGGUAUGAGAGGGAAAACAGCCUACCACUUCUAGACAAAACCAAGUUUCUUGUGCCAGAUAAUGUCAACAUGGCUGAACUUGUCAAGAUUAUCAGAAGGAGACUCCAGCUGCAUCCCUCACAGGCUUUCUUCCUAAUGGUGAAUGAUCGGACGAUGGUCAGCAACACAACCCCAAUUUGCGAAGUGUAUAACAAAGAGAAAGAUAGCGAUGGCUUCCUUUAUAUCACCUAUGCUUCACAGGAAACAUUUGGAGCAUCUUACAUUUAAAUACAGGUUAUUUCCAGCUAUCUUCUUGAGCCAGUCUGAAUGUGUUUCACUAGAUACAUUUUACAGCCCUAUUCUGAGUCAUUUAAAUCUUGUUGGAUUUUGCAUCCUCAGUAUGAGUAAAAGUAUGUUUUGUGGGAGUUUACAGCCUCAGUCUGAGUCACCUAAGUCUUAUGAGAUUUUACAGACUCAUUCUGAAUAAAUUUAAGUCUUGUUGGAUUUUUCAGCCUCAGCCUAGAGUUGUCUAAAUCUUGUUGGAUUUUACAGUCUCAAUAUGAGUCAUCUAAGUCUUAUGAGAUUUUACAGACUCAUUCUGAGUAAAUCCAAGUUUUGUUGGAUAGUAUAGUCUCAGUCUGUACCAUCUAAGUCUUGUGAGAUUUUACAGCCACAGUCUGAGUAAAUCCAAGUUUUGUUGGAUAGUAUAGUCUCAGUCUGUACCAUCUAAGUCUUGUGAGAUUUUACAGCCACAGUCUGAGUCACCUAAGUCUUAUGAGAUUUUACAGCCAUAGUCUGAGUAAAUCCAAGUUUUGUUGGAUAGUAUAGUCUCAGUCUGUACCAUCUAAGUCUUGUGAGAUUUUACAGCCACAGUCUGAGUAAAUCCAAGUUUUGUUGGAUAGUAUAGUCUCAGUCUGUACCAUCUAAGUCUUGUGAGAUUUUACAGCCACAGUCUGAGUCACCUAAGUCUUAUGAGAUUUUACAGACUCAUUCUGAGUAAAUCCAAGUUUUGUUGGAUAGUAUAGUCUCAGUCUGUACCAUCUAAGUCUUGUGAGAUUUUACAGCCACAGUCUGAGUAAAUCCAAGUUUUGUUGGAUAGUAUAGUCUCAGUCUGUACCAUCUAAGUCUUGUGAGAUUUUACAGCCACAGUCUGAGUCACCUAAGUCUUAUGAGAUUUUACAGACUCAUUCUGAGUAAAUCCAAGUUUUGUUGGAUAGUAUAGUCUCAGUCUGUACCAUCUAAGUCUUAUGAGAUUUUUCAGCCACAGUCUGAGAAGAUAUAACAGUUGUGGGAUUAUACUAUGAUAUCAUAUAAUGUUAAAUACUGUUACUAUAUGAAUGUCUGUAGCUACAUUCUGAAUGUUGAACAUCUUAAGAGGAAUUUGGUUUGGUAAAUCUUUGUUAGUGCUAUGUUUAGCCUAAGACAGAGUCUUUCAUGGCUAGGCGGGGAAUUAUAGUCAUGGUGUAAAUUUGUAUCUCAGCUUUUAGUAGAACUAAAGGUACAUGUAGUACUCGACCAAAGAUAAAAUUACACUGCUUUAUAGUUGUUAGGCUAUGAAAACAUUAUGUUAGGUGAGGAAGAAUUAUGUUUUACUAUGAAAACAUUAUGUUAGGUGAGGAAGAAUUAUGUUUUUGUAUACAAACUUAAGUACCAUAAUUUUGUCUAAUGCUUUUUUCACAAUAUCUUAUCAUAGGGAAGGCUUUGAUAUACAAAAAUAAUAGUCUUCAUCAUUUUCUGUUCUAAUUUCAUUUCAUUGUGAGACAUGAUUUGACCUAGUGUCCAAUUCAAGAACAACAUUUAUCAUUAACAUGUUAACAGGUGGACUGCAAAUAGAUUUAACAAUGAAGAUUUAAAAUGUUUUAUUUGAAUUGCUUUCUCAGUAUCUGCUACAUUUUUCAUGAAGCUUCCAAGUCAUUUUUACUUCAUAUUAACAAACUUGUUGAAGGCCUAGAAAUUCAGAUUUUUAUCUAAAAAUCAAUGUUCAGUAAAUGGUCAAUGCACACAUUUAUAUACAUGUACAUAAUUAUAUGUAUGUGAAACAUAUCCAUUGAAUUUGUUUAUUAUAUAUUAAUACUGUAGUUGUAGCUGUCCUGUCAAUUUUGUUGAUGCUUAAUACAUGCUUAAUACAGUGCUUUUUUACAUGGAGAAGAGGGUUUCUCACCACAUAUCCUGACAAUGUCUUGUUAUUUGACAAAAACUAAAACAUCGAUGGCAGGUAAGAAAUUUCAGUAAUUUCCUAGACUAUUUGGAUUUGUAAUGCUCACUGAACAACCAUUAACCAGAGCUUUAGUUGGUAGGAAAUUGAUUAUGGUGGAAUUUUUUUCAUUUUGCAGGGAAUGAUCUGAUGCUGUGGGCAGAGGUUUCAGUUUUAUUUGGUCUUCAUCUGACUUUCUCAGCCCAGUAUCGAGAUCAGGAAAUCUUAUACUAGGAAAUUGUACUAUAUUUCCAGUCUUGGGUGAAUGUAACUUAUUCCUUCCUGUACAAAUCAAGUUGUUGAAGAAAAGAAAGGGACUUUUUUAGAUUCUACUACCUAUAAACAUGUUGCUUUUCUGAUCUGGUGAUUAAGAAAACUAAACAUGUUCUAAAUAUAUUAUAUGUUGGAACACCUAUAUGGCAUCUGGCUUGAAAUAAUUCUGGCUGAUUUUUGGUUUAUAUUAAUAUUUCAUUUGGCACUUAACAGCUGAUACAUCCGUUAGCAGCAAUCACUAGCUUGUUGGUAAUGAUCAGAACUUCCCACCUCUUCACUGUAACCUUACUACUUUAAUUAUUUACUGUUUGGAAAUGUAGCCCUUACAGCUGAUUCAGAACCUUGAAGGGAUCUGCAGGAAUUUAAAUUUUACAAAUUAUUAAGUCUUUAUUAUUUGUUGUUUUUGUUUUGAGGUCUUUUUUCUCUCUGUUUUUGUUGUUACUAUAUUUUGAUGAACGUUAAUUAUGUAAUUCUACAUUUAUAACAAUUCCUUCUUACUCAGAGAUCUGGUGCAAAAUCAGCUACAUGGAUUUAAGACAGGAUGUUAAGUUGUAGUAUCUAAAAAAUAAAGCAAAUGGGAUUCAUGUAAUUUUCAUAUUGAAAAGCAUAAUUAUUCACCUUAUUUAUGAUACAUAUAUAAUUAUAUAUAUAUAUGUCCACACUGCAAGCUGAAGAAGAAAAUAUGAAUACGUUUUUGUAUUUGGAAAGAUUAUUGAAAAAAUAUACGCAAUAUUAAAGCACUUGUUCAACCUCCAUAUGCACAAAUUUUGAAUAUUUUUCUUUGGGAACGUAAUAACAAGAUUAACAUAUAUGUAUACCCAGUUGUUUGUAUAUAGAUUUUACAUGAGUUUCAAUGUAAUAUCGUAACAAGUUCAAUAAUUUGAUAUGUCUCCAACCUUUAUGAUAUCCAUUUUAAUGAGAUGUCAAAAGUGUUUACUAAUAAGAAUACAUUGUUUGUUUACAAACAGCAAGGUGUCUGAGUGGACGAGGAUUUCUAUGCUUUGUAUAAUCACAUCAACCAUUACAGUAAUUUUGAGUUACAUGAAGCAAUACAUAUUUGAGUAUGUUGAAUUCACAUUUGAUGGGAAGUGAAAUUGACAAAUACGACAAUCGGAUAAUGCGGUAUAAACAUAAUGCAUUUGUAUGCUUUAGUGAUAGUGAGAAAUUGGUAUGGUUUCCUUAAUAAAGCAUUUUAAUAUGUAUAAAAUACUUUAUAUAUCGGUUUAGCCUUGGUCCGAUUUUAUUUUAUUUUUUGUUAUCAGCAUUAUUAAAUAUAGUAGGUGUCAGAUAUUCCUACUAUGUUUAUAUCAUAAAAGUUGUCAGUCUUGCCCUUUAUGUAUGUAACUUAGCAACUUUUUCUCGCAAAAGCUGUUUCUCAUAUUGUUAAAACAACUGUGUUAUCAUGUUUCUCAUAUUUGUUUGGAGGUUUUGUUAAAGCAAUUGUGUUGUCACUCUCGAUGUACCGAUCACAAUUUAUUUUCCACUUAGUUGUCUAGUAUUCAGUGUAAUAAAGUAUUUUAUUAGCCUUGGCAGACAUUCUAGUAUGUAGCAGACAAUAAGUAUGGAGAUAGAUUGUUAUCAAUACAUAAAAAAGACACCAUUACUUGUUGUAUCACUCACUGUAUGUAUAAAGACAUCAAUAAAUAUCACAUCUAUA